UUUUCUUAGAUCACAAAAAAUCCAACUUAUUCCUCUCCAAAUAUUUCGUUAAACCUUAAAAAAUCGCUUUCAAAGUCCACGUCAAUAUCAAACACCAACUUCUCAUCUUCACUGCUACAGCCCAAUCAAUCUCUGACCUCUCUUUUACUAACUUCACAAGCAUCCUUUGCAAAACGCUAUCCCCAAAACCCACACCCUUUAAGAAGCGUGUCUGUAAGACUGUAACUUCGUGGGGUUUUUAUCCUUGAUCUGAUUCUUUUAGAAAUAAGCUUUGAUUUUGAUGUGAUCGUGUGAAGUUUGAAACUUUUUCAUUGUAAAUUGAUGGGAAGCUAGCUAAAAUGGGUUCUUUGGAAAGUGGGAUUCCAUUGAAGAGAGACCCUCUUCUUCGGUCUUCAUCAACUGGUAGAACUGAAAGGCACCCAUUUUUACAGAGACCCAGAUCGAAGUUUUCAAGGUUUCUGCUCCUCAAGAAGCUAGAUUACCUCCAAUGGAUUUGCACUGUGGCUGUGUUUCUAUUCUUUGUGGUUCUUUUCCAAAUGUUCUUGCCUGGUUCGGUGGUUGAAAAGUCAGGGGAUUUAAUGAAAAAUGUGGAAUUGAAUUCAGAAGAUUUGAGGUUUUUGAAGGAGUUGGGUUUGCUGGAUUUUGGGGAGGACAUAAGAUUUGAGCCUUCAAAGCUUUUGGAGAAAUUUCAGAAGGAAGCUAGAGAGGCUAGUUUGACUUCUGCUAUUAAUAGGACACGGCAGCAUUUUGGGUACAGAAAACCUCAGCUUGCACUGGUUUUUGCAGAUCUGUCGGUUGCCUCACAACAGUUAUUGAUGGUGACUGUUGCAGCUGCUUUGCAGAAGAUUGGAUAUGCAUUUUCGGUUUAUUCACUUGAAGAUGGUCCUGUGCAUGAUGUUUGGAGAAGUUUAGGAGUUCCGGUUACCAUUAUCCAAACCUAUAACCAGUCAGAGCUCAAUAUAGACUGGCUAAAUUAUGAUGGCAUACUUGUGAACUCUAUUGAAGCAAAGGGCAUCUUUUCUUGUUUUGUGCAGGAACCUUUCAAGUCUUUACCUAUACUAUGGACCAUCCAUGAACAAGCGCUUGCUACUCGAUCAAGAAAAUACUCUUCAAAUAGACAGAUUGAACUCUUUAAUGAUUGGAAAAGACUCUUCAGCCGAUCUACUGUUGUUGUCUUCCCAAAUUAUUUCCUGCCGAUGGCUUACUCAGUAUUUGAUAUGGGUUAUGGGUCUGAAGAUGUUGUAAUUACAAUUGUGGGAAGCCAAUUUUUGUACAGGGGCUUGUGGUUGGAGCAUUCCAUUGUUCUACGGGCUGUAUUACCACUUCUUGAGGACUUCCCGUUGGAUAAUAAUUCUUAUUCUCACCUCAAAAUUAUUGUUUUGAGUGGAGACUCAACAAGUAACUAUAGUUCCGUUGUUGAGGCCAUUGCUUACAACUUGAAGUACCCAAGUGGCAUUGUGAAGCAUGUCGCUGUUGAUAUGGCUGCAGACAGCGUCCUAAGCAUAUCUGAUGUUGUGAUAUAUGGAUCCUUCCUUGAAGAGCAAUCAUUUCCAGACAUUUUAAUCAAGGCCAUGUGCCUUGGGAAACCAAUUGUUGCCCCCGAUCUCUCCAUGAUCAGGAAAUAUGUUGAUGAUAGAGUCAACGGCUACCUUUUCCCUAAGGAAAAUAUCAGGGUUCUUUCACAAAUCAUUUUGCAAGUUAUUUCGAAAGGAAAGUUAUCACCUCUAGCUCGCAACAUUGCCUUAAUAGGGAGAGGUACUGCAAAAAGCAUGCUGGUGUCGGAAACUAUUGAAGGAUAUGCUUCGCUUCUUGAAAAUGUUCUCAUGCUCCCAUCGGAAGUUGCACCACCCAGGGCUGUUGCAGAAAUCCCUCCAAAAUUGAAAGAACAAUGGCAAUGGCACUUAUUUGAAACAGUAUCAAAUUUAACAUAUCUUGAUAGAAAUUUGAGAAGUCACACAUUUUUAGAUGACUUCGAGGAGCAGUAUAAUCGUACUCAACAGCAGACAUUUAAUGCUAUCACUGCAACCAAUUAUUCAUUUCUAUACAGUAUAUGGGCCGAAGAAAAAUACAGUCAGAUGGUGAAUUCCAAAAAAAGAAGAGAGGAAGAAAUGUUAAAGGAUAGAAGUGAUCAAUCCCAUGGAACAUGGGAGGAAGUGUAUCGAAAUGCCAAAAGAAUUGACCGGUCCAAGAAUGAUUUGCAUGAAAGGGAUGAAAGGGAGCUUGAGAGGAUAGGCCAACCAUUGUGUAUAUAUGAACCUUACUUUGGUGAGGGGACCUGGCCUUUUUUACACCUAAAAUCUCUUUAUCGGGGAAUCGGGUUGUCCACUAAAGGUCGAAGACCUAGGACCGAUGAUGUUGAUGCACCUUCUCGUCUUCCACUUCUUAAUAACCCUUAUUAUCGAGAUCUACUUGGUGAAUAUGGAGCCUUCUUUGCCAUUGCAAACCGGAUUGAUCGUAUACAUAAAAAUGCUUGGAUAGGGUUUCAGUCAUGGAGAAUAACAGCAAGGAAGGCAUCUUUAUCUGGAAUAGCUGAAAAUGCAUUGAUAGAUGCUAUUCAAACACGAAGGCAUGGGGAUGCACUGUACUUUUGGGUGCGUAUGGAUGAUGAUCCACGGAAUGAUCUGAGACAAGAUUUUUGGUCAUUCUGUGAUGGUAUAAAUGCUGGAAACUGCACGUUUGCUUUUUCGGAGGCUUUUAAAAGGAUGUAUGGCUUAAAGUACAAUAUAGAAUCUUUACCGCCCAUGCCUGUGGAUGGGGACACGUGGUCUGUCAUGCAUAGCUGGGCUUUGCCAACGAAGUCCUUCCUAGAGUUUGUAAUGUUUUCCAGAAUGUUUGUGGAUGCUUUGGAUGCACAAAUGUAUGAUGAACACCAUUCAAGUGGACGCUGUUAUCUGAGUUUGUCAAAAGACAAGCAUUGCUACUCACGGCUUCUUGAGUUACUUGUAAAUGUUUGGGCAUACCACAGCGCGAGGAGGAUGGUAUAUGUGCAACCUGAGACUGGUGUUAUGCAGGAACAACAUAGGUUCAAGAGUCGGAGAGGUCAUAUGUGGAUCAAAUGGUUCUCAUACUCCACCCUAAAGAGCAUGGAUGAGGACUUGGCAGAAGAAUCAGAUUUAGAGCACCCCAGGAGGCGGUGGUUGUGGCCGUCAACAGGUGAGGUCUUCUGGCAAGGUGUAUACGAAAAAGAGAGAAAUUUACGGCAUAAGCAGAAAGAGAAGAGGAAGCAGAAGAGUAAGGAAAAAAUAGAAAGGAUAAGGAAGCGGACUCACCAGAAAGCAAUUGGCAAGUAUGUAAAGCCCCCACCAGAAGGCACAGAUAAUUCAAACGCAACAAUGGUUACAAGGAUUUAAUAAUCAAAUUGAUUUCACGGAUUAAUUAGGAUGUUUUGGAAGUAGAAGUUCAUUAAUUUGAUUAUUCUUUUUUCUUUCCUUCUAAUUUUUAAUUCUUGCGAUGAAGGUGCACAUAGUUGUAAUCUGUAUGUGAGGUCUUUUUGUAUGUAAAAAAAAAUGCACCCCUCUGGUCAUUAGUGUCAAUGAGUGGCGGUAAAUGUAUAAUAGUUUUACUUGCUGUUCCUUCUAAUCCCAUUUUUCCUUUCUCA